AGAGAUUACUCGUAACUGAGUGAACAAUGUCAUCCAGGGAAAACAAAAAGAAGGGACUAUUCAGAACAAAAAAGACAACAACAGAAAUAACAGAGGGCCAGCAUUUCUUGGAAUGCGACAACUGUGAAACAAAACCAGCACAGUUUCAUUGUAAAACAUGUCAAGGUCAUCUAUGUGACGAUUGCAGAAAGAUUCACGAGACAAAAAGGUUAACCCAAGGUCAUGUCGUCAUUUUGUUGUCUGAUUAUAUAGCUGACCCGGUUGGGUGUCACCAAGAAGAGCAAGACCAAUGCGCUUGCAAGAUUAAGCAGAGGCUUAAAGCAGAAAGAAAGGAAAUCGAUGCCUAUUGGUUGUCUCUCCUAGAACAAAUGCGGGACGAGGAAAGAAAGAAACAAAGUCGUAUAUCUCGCAAAGUUGAAAACAUCAAAGAUAAAGUUGAAGAACAUUUCUACGAAAUAGUUGAUAAACUUACAGAAUUAAAAAAUGAAUGGGUCUUAAAGCUAGAAAAGGACGCGGAAAAUGCGUCAGAUGCUAUUGAAAAAACAAUAGAUGAAAUAGAAGACAAAAAAGAGCUACUAGGGAAUCGAGACAGAGAAAUAGAAGAUUAUUUAAGCGAAGAAUAUGAGGACAUGCACGAAGGCAUGUGUAUGCCAAAUAAGGAAGAAAUGUUGAUCCCGAAACGCGUGUCCUAUGAAGUCCACAAGUUCUGUCCUGGAAGUUUAGAUGCUAGUUGUUUGCUGCAGUUGUUUGGAAAUCAACCUUCUAUAACCUGGCAAUGA